AUGAAUGAAACCUAAAAAAUUUAUUCUUUGAAAUAAAAUGUUAUAAAUUACGGUUCAAUUUUAGAACCAAAAAUUAAAUUAGAAAAAUGCAAAACUAGAAAAUUUGAAUUGUACUUUAAAAAUCUUAUUAAUUUAGAAAAAACCUUGCUAUUUUAGAGAAGCAUGAAUAUUUGUUAUAGAAUGAAAAAGGAAUAAGGUCAUUGGUAGAUUAAUAUUUAUUUUUUUAUAUAUAAUGA